AUGUGCCAGAAGGGAAUUGGAGAAGUGCAGGGCACAUCAGUAACUGUUGUGGACACUCCAGCACUCCUUGACACCACACUCUCAAAUGAAGAGGUAACAGAAGAAAUUGGGAAGUGUGUCUCAAUGCUGGUACCAGGACCCCAUGCCUUCAUCAAUGUGCUGAGUGUGGACAGGUUUACUGAGGAAAAGAAGGAAACAGUGAAGAGGAUGUUUGGUGCUGAGGCUGCAAAGAGUUGGUGCCUUCACUGGUGCAGAAUCCAGACCCAAAUGCAGGGAUAUGAUGAAAAAAUGGGAACUGAAGAAAUUGGUGAGGAAAUCAACAGAACAUGGGCCCACGGGUGUUGUGGUGUGGGCAGCAGCACCAGUUUGCCUGCAGACAGCAUUCUGGAGAGUUUAGCUGUGGAGCAGGUGGUACAGGAGGUUACAGCAAUGGGAGAAAAAUCGGAAAAUUCCCAUUGCAACUUGGAUACCUCUUCCCCCUGUGAUAUUGACAGCUGUUCUCCAAUGCCAGAAAGUGAUUCCUCAUUGCCAGUGUUGAACUUGGUGUUGUGUGGAAGUGAUGAAGCACUUAAGAUCUCCAUAUCAGAUCUGAUAUUAAAGAAUUUGAAGACCGGAGAAGUCCGUGGUCACAGUCUCCGGCUGGAGGUGAUGCCAGCUCUCUACAACACUCAGCUCUCAGACGAGGAAGUGAUGCAUGCGAUUCUACGCUGUUUCUCUUCUGAUAAUCCUGUCCACGCUUUUCUUUUCAUCGUUCCUGUUGGUCCUCUCACAGAUGAUGUGAAAAGAGAAAUAGAGACAAUUCAGAAAAUCUUUGGUUCAAGGGUCUGUGAUCAUAGUGUACUUUUUUUUACCAACAAGAAUGUUAAUGAAGCUGCUACAAUUAACUUUAUAGAGCAAAGUUCAGAAAUGGAAGAACUUCGACGCCUGUGUGGGGACAGAUAUAUGAUCUUGGAGGAAAAAGUAAAAAGCAGACAGAAGCAGGUGGCAGAACUGUUAGCGCGAGUAACAAAUAUGAAGAAGAUUUAUUCUCUCCAAAUGUAUAUUGAGGCACAGAAAGAUGGAGCAAGACAACCACUAGAGGAGGAACUGGCUGAAAUGAAGAAGCAACUUAAAGCAAAUCCACAGGAAGGAUGUGCAGAGGGUGAAAACUCCAAUUGUUUCAGAAUAUUACUGGUUGGGAAAACCGGAAAUGGGAAGAGUGCAACAGGAAACACCAUUCUAGGAAGAGAAGAAUUUGAGAGUGACAUCUGCUUGACAUCUAUGACAAAAAUGUGUCAGAAGGGCAUUGGAGAAGUGCAGGGCAGAUCAGUAGCUGUUGUGGACACUCCAGGACUCUUUGACACCACACUCUCAAAUGAAGAGGUAGCAGAAGAAAUUGGGAAGUGUGUCUCAAUGCUGGCACCAGGACCCCAUGCCUUCAUCAUUGUGCUGAGUGUGGGAAGGUUUACUGAGGAAGAGAAGAAAACAGUGAAUCUGAUUAAGAAGAUGUUUGGUCCUGAGGCUGCAAAGUACAGUAUAGUGCUGUUUACUGGAGGAGAUAAACUGAAAAAUAAAACACUUGAAGAGUAUCUCAAAACUGGUAAUAGUCCAUAUGUGAAUAAAUUAAUCAGAGACUGUGGUGGAAGAGUUCACUUAUUUAAUAACUGUACAGAAGAUACCACUCAAGUUAGUAAGCUUCUGGAAAUGAUUGAAGAAAUGACAAAGUUCAACAGAGACAAUUUCUUUACUAAUGAGAUGUUUAAGAAGGCAGAGAUGUCGAUACAACAGAAACAAAAGGAGAUGCUAAAAGAGAUAGAGGAUAAGAUGCAAGCUGAAAAAGAGGCUCUGAAGGUCAGAUAUGAAGAAGAACUGGAACAGAUGAGAAAGCUAUUGGAAGAGGAAAGAUGUAAAAAGAAAAACACAUUUAAGGAGAGGGAAGAAGCAUUGAGGAGAGAAUAUAAGAAGAAAGAAGAAGAGCAGAGACAGAAAUGGUUGAAAGAGAACCAAAGAAGAGAAGAAGAGGACAAACGACAAUCUGCAGAAAAUAAACGCAUGUUGGAUGAGAUGAGGAAAGAACUAGAAAAUCAAAAAGCAAAAUUUCUCCAACAGAAAGCUAAAAGAGAUAAGGAAAGGGCAGAGAGAGAGAAAACGAUUAAAAAAUGUUUUGAGCAACAACAAAAGGAAGCAAUUACACAAAUAAAUCUCAAACAGGAAGAAGAGGUCAGAAGGAGAGAUGAGGAAGAACAAAAGAGAAGA